ACGGAUUUAAUUAAUGUUUUAUUCUAGUCUUUCAAUUAACUGUUACAUCCUUAUCAAAUAGAUAGCGUAUAAGCCUAGUAUUGUGGUGCAUAAUUUUAGCUAUGGAUAAUCGUAAGGAGACUCGUAAAAGAAACGAUGCGGCGUCAGAUGACGUCCCUAUCUAUUCACGAUUAUUUGUUGUGUGCGGCAAAAACGCCAGCGAAGAUGUCCUGAGGGAGUUGUUCACUCCGUACGGCGAGAUCGAGGACUUCUACUACCCUGUUGACUUCAAUACUGGCCUGCCCAAGGGAAUUUGUUUCGUGAAGUUUUCGAAAACUUCAGAUGCGGCUAAAGCUUUGGAAGCGUUGCAUAUGAAGAGCGCUCACAAGCUACAGCGCUCCAUCCGAGUGAUGGUGGCCGCCAGCCGUAACGACAUCCACACUGAGGAGGACGCCGAUAAAUAUAAGAGACUCUUCAUAAACACUCCCAAGACCAUCACAGAGGAGGAGCUCUUGGAACAUUUCAGUCAGUUUGGAAAGGUUGAGUCUGUAAUCAUUCAAAGAGACAGAGAAACUGAGCAACCCAAAGGUUUUGCUUACAUCAAAUACAGAAAGUUCUCUGAAGCUGCCAUAGCUUAUGAAGAGUGUGACAAAAAAUAUAGAGCAGUGUUUGCUCAGCCAAAGGCGUCUAACAGAAAAUCGGGAGCUACUUUGGAGCCUAAAAUUGGUUUAUUAGGGGAUCCUUCAGUUGUGAUGAGUCCACUUAUUCCAAUGAUGAAUGUCCAACCACAAGGUUACACUAGAGUUUUUGUUAACUGUAGCCCAUUUUUGACUAACUUUCACAUUAAACAGCUGUUUGAUUUAAUCCCCGGAAUGAUUGACUGUCGCUAUGCAGUAGACCUGGUGCGUGAAUAUGGAAAAGGAUCUAUAACAUACUCUAGCCAGGUCUCAGCUGCUUAUGCAGUGGAGAAGCUUAACCACUUUGAAUAUCCCCCUGGAUGUAAAAUAUUUGUGAAACCUGACUUUGGUAGACACAAUAACAUAAACCAUACUCCUAAUGUUUCUAAUGCCCUAAAUAAUCUUCAAUCUGCUAUGAGUACAGCACACAACUCUGGCACUCCAGACUUGGCUAAGUUAGCUGAAGCCAUUGCUCAGGCUUCCCAACUGAUUAAGGCUGCAACAACUGGUGUGACAGAGCAGCAUGACCCGGGCAGCUUCAAUUACUGCAGUGUGAAGCUGCCCCCACCCCAGCCGCUGGCACACAUUGACAGCCCCGUAGCUAAAAGGUGCUUCUUGGUUUGCAAGCCGGAACCUCCAUCACUGCAGGUGUUGCGUGAUGUGUUCUGUCGCUUCGGGAAUUUGAUCAAUGUGUACACGUUGCCCAACAAGACAGUAGGUUAUGCUCGUUAUGCUUUAGCACAGUCUGCAGAUGAGGCUAUUAGGGUUUUACACGGGUCCGAGAUAUGCGGAGUUCGUGUGAAGGUGUUAGAGGCUGAGGAUGAAGACCAGUCAGCUCAGAAAAGACGAAGAACUUACUAUUAAAGACAGGACAAAACGACAGACAUAAUGGAUAACAAGACCCAUAUAUUUUUAAUCUUCCUAUACUUAUAUCACCAAUAAACAAUAUUUAGUUUUCGUAGUUGUACAAACGAACAGACGAAUAAAAUGCUUUUAACUGAU